AUGGACGGAGAGAGCCACGCGUGCGUGAUGGAGCGCAUGGCUCAAUUCCCCGCGGCACCCACGUGCCUUCAGCUCGGAAUCCCCGUCUCCUCGGAGCCCAUGGGCUACGGCAGCGGCGGCAUCGGGAGCGGCGGCAUCGGGAGCGGCGGCGGAGUCGCCGCGGCGGCGGCGGCGGCAGCGGCGGCGGCGGCCGCGUCGGGCCGCCUGCCGUACCACCUCCACGCGGGCUACUCGGCCACGUCGGGGCCCGCGGCGGCGGCGGCCGCGUUCGCGCUCUACCACGAGUACGCGGGCUUCGAGCCGGCCUUCAUCCGCAAGCGCAACGAGCGCGAGAGGCAGCGGGUCAAGUGCGUGAACGAGGGCUACGCGCGCCUCCGCGACCACCUUCCUGACGAGUUCAGCGACAAGCGACUGAGCAAAGUCGAGACGCUGCGCGCGGCCAUUCGGUACAUCAAGCACCUGCAGGCCAUGCUGGGGCACGGAGGCAACGCUGAGAUGCGCGGCCACGACGACGAGGAUGAGGAUGACGUCGACGACGAUCUGGAUGAGGACGACGAGGAGGACGAGGUGGUGAAGGUGAUGAAGGCGGCGCACGGCGCGGAAGACGUCGCGUCUGGUGGGAUGACGCUCGUGCAGGGAGAUGGAGGAGGAGGAGGGGGCGGAGGAGGAGGAGGAGCAGAUGAGGUGGAUGAGGAUGGAGAGAGGCAGAGGAGGAGGAGAAGGGGGCAACGAGGGAUGGCUCCUUGUGUGUGCAACAGCGACGGGGAAUCUCAAAGCUCCUCUCCCCUGCACUACAGCGAGACGGACGAGGGGCUACACUCGCACUAGAGUUCCGAGACAAAGCACUUACUCCUGCUGAGACUACUGCUGCUGAUACUGCUGCUGCUGAUGAUGAUGAUGGUGAUUAGACCAUUUGCUACGUGACAAUCAACAGUGGUGGACCUGUGGAAGAAACCGGCCGCCGUCAUGGGAAUGUGGAAUUUCCACCGCUGACUAGGAGCAGCCCAUAGAGAUGAGUGAGGCUUCUUGAUUGAUUGAGCGGAGAAAAAAAUGUGGCGAUUAUAUGACGAUUAGAUGAUGAUUAUGACGGCGAUGAUUACAUAUACAUUUGAUAAUUGCGUAUAUAAGAGUUAAACGUACGCGCAUGAAUUAUGAUCAUAUUGGCUUACAUAUCAGACGUACUUAUUCGAUGAUAGAGAUGUUGAUGAUGCGCGCGAGCACGAUUUGACGUUAGACUCCGCCUAUUAAAACGUCGCUCCACUCAAGAAUGUAAAGAAUGUUCAAUGUUCUACCUAUACAAAGCGACCUACUGUACACACGUGUACAUAUACACACGUGUACCCACACACACGUGUACACACACACACGUGUACACACACGUGCACACACACGUGCACCUACACACACGUGUACACACACACGUGUCCACACACACACGUGUAAACACACGCACGUGCACACACACACACGUGCGCAUUCGCACGCCGCGAGCGUUAUAUGGUAUGCCAACUCAGCUACCUGUGGCUAUGUAUAAUACAUAGAUAUUUCUGCUCUAUGUUGCAUAUAAGAGACAAUCCGAUUCGAUACAGAUAUAAAGCGAAUUGGGUUUGUCGUUGUUGUAAUCUAUGAAUUCAAAUUAAAAGUUCCUUUGUUGACGUCUGGUCCUUCUCAGGAAAUAUAAAGAUUCCUGGAUAAACUGUUGGUAUAAUGACCAGAACAGUACCGAAGCAACUGACUUGUGUAACAUACAAGUUUCUCAUGACAUGUAUAAUGCGUGCGCGUGUGUAUUUAUGUUUGGAUAUCGCAUUUUGCUCUUUGGCCAAGUUUGGAUAACUGCAUAUACAUUUGCACUGAGUCGAAUUCCCCGUCUGCCAAGGCUGGGCGUAUUGGCAUUGUACAUUCGUUGUGUCUUUUCCCACAAUCGUGUAUUGAUCGCGCGUGUGUGUGUGUGCGACUAUGUUGACGAUGGUAGAGAACCCUUUCUUAAAUCCGGCUCGUGCUCCAUUGCUUUAUUGGCCUCCUUUAUUAAUUUUCUGUUCAUGGCUCUAAACAAGUUAAUAUGUCUAUGUCGGCUUACGAUGGUGGUGAUUGCUGUGUGUUGCAGUCUAUAUAGGUUUGCAGGUGGUUUUGUAGAGUGAUGCUUGAGGAAAGUAAAUUGUGUUGUAUUUGACACAUUUAUAUCUCACACGUGUGAGUAGCAAUAGACAAAUAUAACGAUCCCCCGUGUACCAUUUAACACACUGUUGGGGCAAGCGUUGUCAGCGAGUAGCACCUACGAAGGCCGGCACGGCACACGAGGUAGCGGGUGGACAGCACCACGACAG